AUGGCUCGCGUGGCAGGUGAUGGCGUGGCUCUUCUGUGGGCCACGAUUGCUAUGCUUUCGCUCUCGUGGAUCUUUGCGACACUACGAUUUGGAGUGAGGAAAUGGAGGAAGAAUCUUGGACUGGAUGAUGGACUGAUGUUUGCUGGCUUGAUUCUUUACACCGUCACCACGUCACUCGUUAUUAGAUGCUGCUUCUACGGCUCUGGCCAAAAGAGAAAGGACCUCGAACCCAACGACAUCAAGAUGGGGACAAAGCUCUUCUUCAUCGCCCAGUUCUUCUACUCCGCCUGCUCCGUCCCGAUUAAAUCCAGCAUCUGCGUUACAAUGCUUCGAAUCUGCGACUCUCGGCGUCGUUUUGUUUGGACCCUCUGGGGUAUCAUCGGAAUCACCGUCUUUACUGCCCUCGUCUUCAUCAUCGCUACCGCCAACAUUUGCCAUCCGAUCGAGACGCUAUGGGGAGAGGCAAAUGGCAAAUGCAAUACAAAGGUUAACAGCAGUAUUGGGUUUUACUUUUCUGCCGUGUCAAUCCUUACAGACUGGACGCUGGCUAUUCUACCAGCCAUUCUCCUGUGGAAUAUCCAGAUGAAGCAGAGAGUCAAGUUUCCUGUUAUUGUUAUGCUGAGUCUAGGCGCUUUUGCAAGCUGUGCAACUGUUGUCCGAUUAGGUUACCUCACACUCUACAACGACCCAACCGAGUUUGUCUACAGCACAGGCGCCAUUGGUCUAUGGUCCAUCCUCGAAGAAGGCAUCGGUAUCAUCGCCGGAUCCAUGCCUGCCCUUCGACCUCUUCUCAGCUUACCAAUCUUUGGUCGAAGCACAUACGCCAGUGGUGGUGCAUCAAACCAAGCAUCUAGUCACAUGAACCUAGGACACAUGUCGAACAAGAAGACACAAAAUCAGACAGAUACCGAGUUGAAUGACUACCAUGCAAACCUAACGACCAGGAUCUCGCACAGUCGGGACAAGCAGAGUCUGGAUGACAAUGAUAGUCAGAAGUUUAUCUUGAAAUCCACAAAAGUGGUCAUGACGACUGAGCGGGCUUAG